AUGCCAGAAACAAGCUCCGCUUGCGUCCUGAGGGGAAGCCUUUUCUUCUCUUGGAAGCGUGGGACAGAAAGCGGCGAACUCUCGAGUGUUGCAAACGGAGAUUUCCUUCUUUGUCCUGAAAAGAUGUCCUGGAACCAAAACCACUUCAAGCUGAAAAGACAAGGCGGUGGCGUGCUGUACUCGGUAGCCGUGCAACUGACCUACGGGCCUCCAGAAAGACGGCUGACGGUGGAAUCGAGAACGGUUUGUGCUCCAGGCCCAGCAACGUGCAAUGCCACACACAUGACCAUUGCCAUCCCGGCCUUCCCGGGAACUCUGUCAGUAGACAAUAAGAACAUUCACCUGAGCCGACGUCAAGCCGAUGGAGUCAGCGUGGACCUAAGGAGGGGCGUGAAGCUAUACAUCGACAAGAAGGCCCUGAAGUCUAGGGUCUACAGAGAUGCCAGCUGUUCGAGCUUUCAGCGUUACGCUUCCUCACUCAAACUGAGUUUCGACGUCGGCGGCGAAAUGGCAACCACGAUUAUGUACCCAGAGUGUCCUUGUGAGCAAAAUGCACCACUGGGUAAGAGAGGGGCACGGCCUACGCUUGGUCUGUGGCAUUUGACCUUUCUGGAUCGUGCCCCCGGCAUCGGGAAGCGUUUUCAUCUUUGCCCCGGGUGA